AAAGUUUUAUACCGAUUCAAUUAAUCAACCAAUCAAAUGUGUACUAUUUUUUGCCAAUUCAUUUGGGACUUUUGUUUUGGCUUUUCCGUGCAAGUGAACAAGUAGUGAAAUUAGCUUAAAAAAAAUAAAAAUAAAAAAACUAGUGAAAUAGGGUUUUACUUUCGGCUAUCUUUCGCACAAGUCGCUCCCAUGGUUGCUGCGAUUGGGAGAGUUCACUGGAAAAUGAAAUCUUUGAAAAAAUCUCUCUCAAUUUCUUCAUUGCUUCUCCAAUCUUCAACUACCAAUAAACAUUUCUGUUCAUCUUCAACCUCUCUCACUUCAAUUCUACACUCUAAACUGAAAACCCUUCUUCCCUUUUCAAAUCCCCAAAAAUCCCAAGAACCCAUUUCAGAUUCUUCAAUCUCAAAUGACUCAAAUGAUCUUGAUUCUGCAAAUUUACCAAAACCCUUUUUACGAAUUCGUCAAGAUCCCGAGACUCUUACUCAAUCGCAAGUAAUCAGCGCUUUAGUGAUCAAACAAGUUAAGCCUAUGAAUGCCUUAAAUUACUACAAUUGGGUUCAGAAAAUACCUGGGUUUGAUUCUGGAUUUCAAGCUUUUUGUGUUUUACUUCAAAUUCUGGCAGAUGCUGGUUUUAAUUUUGGGAGGAAGAAUAUGGUUGAGUUGAUUGCAAGUCAGAAAUUCCCCGAAGAUGCUGCCAUUGUCGUGCAAGGUCUGGUGGAAACCGCCGAGAGGUUCGAUUAUUGUAUAAAACCUUCAACUUUUGAGUUGUUAAUUCAUAAAUAUGUUCAAACUCGUAGAAUAGAUGAUGCACUUGUUUGUUUUAAUGCUAUGGUUGAGUAUUUUGGUGUUGAUUUAAAACCACAAUUUGCAAAUUUUCUAUUGAGAGUGUUGCUGAAAAAGGGUCGUUUGCAGUUAGUUGAGGAGUUGCUUAAUAAGAUGAUUUCAAAUGGGGUAACUAAAGAUGUCAAUACCCCUAUUGAGCUGAUAAAAUACAGUGUUGUGAAAAAAAAGUUCGAGGAAGCCGAGCAAUUGUUUAGGAUGUUUAAGGAUUUGGGGUAUGUAUUAGGUGCAAAUUUAUAUAAUUGUGUUAUUGGAGCUGUUUCUAUGAAACCUGAUAUGAAUGCAGCUUAUGAGCUGUUAAAGGAGAUGAGAGUUAAGAAAUAUGUGCCCUCUGCUUCUACCUUCGCGAAUGUUAUAGUCGCGUGUGUGAAGGAAAGGAACAUGGAGGAAGCUCUGAGGAUCAGGGAUGAGAUGGUUUCGUGUGAUAUACCGGUGGGUGUGAAUGUUAUGACUAGCUUGAUAAAGGGGUAUUGUGAAUUGGGUGAUUUCGAGAGUGCUUGGAGUUUGUUAAAAAAAAGCAUUGAGGAUGAACUUUCUUUUCAUAAGGUUACCUACUUGUUGUUAUUCAAUGGAUACAUUAAUAAGAGUGAUAUGGAGAGAGCAAUGGAGGUGUUCAACCUAAUGAUUAAAAAGGGCUUUUAUCCAGGAACCAUUACAUCCUUUUCAUUAAUCAAAGGGCUCUUGGAUGUUCAAUUAUGGGAUGAAGCUUAUGAACGCCUCAAAAUUGCUGUGGAAUCUGGUUCUAUCAACUAUUUCCGGUACAGGUUUCUGAUGACAUGGCUCUGUUUUGAGGGUAAGGUUGAUGAAGCUCGGCAGUUGUGGGAUAGGAUACUGGAAACCGAAAGCUUACCAACUGUAAUGUCUGAUCAAUAUUUUGGUUCUAAAAAGAAAAGGAAUGCUGGUAAUUCAGAGGAUAUGGUUGGCAAGAAGCUUAGACCCAAUGCUGCCACCUUUACUGCCAUAAUGUGGGGGCAUUUCAAGAAGGGCGAAGUGGAACAAGCCCUCAAAGUGUUUGAUGAGAUGAUGAACCGAGCGAUUGUUUGUGGGGCUUACACAUACAACACCAUCAUUCAUGGAUUGUGCCUCAAUGGUCAAACUUCUGAGGCGAGGAAGAUGCUGGAGAAUUUCACAGCAGUUGGAAAUUUCAUCCCAUCUUUCUCAACUUACAAUUUUAUUAUCGAAGGAUUUAUCAAAGAAGGUAACAUGGAAUCUGCAUCAUCUGUCAAAGCUGAGAUGGGAGAAAAGGGAAUUAAUCAGGAGAAUAUGUUGAAGAAAGAUCAAAUUGACAUGUUGUGCAAAAGCACACACUUUGAUUGUGUUGUGAGAAUGGUAAGGGAGAAGGUAAACAAGGGUUACAAACUGGAAGUUCCUGCAUAUGAGCUAAUUAUCAGGGGUGCAUGCCGUAGAGGACGGAUGAAAUUUGCGUUGAUAUUUUGUUGUGAACUUCUUGAUACAGGAUUGUAUCCUAGCCAACAUAUUAUGAAUUCCAUAGUUGAAGGUUAUCAGAAACUAGAAGGAAACGAUGAAAUUUCACCGCUAAUAGCUCUUCCUCAGAGGAAAAAGAAUAGGAAAAAGAAAAAGAAAAAGAUAGAGCAGAUGAUUACCUGUGAUUCAGAACAAUUUCUUUCUGCUUAGAUUGAUAGAUUUCACUUUUUUUUUUUGUAAUUUCUUUUUGUAAUCACUGCUGAUUAAUGGUGGAUAGGUUAUGAGCUGCCGUGCAGGUUAUCAACAUAUACCUUUCUACAAGAUCCAUGAAUCACUGCAUUUAAGAAAUUGCUUUGAUUAUUAGUUUCUGUCAAAUGUGAUGUGUUUUUUUUUUUUUUUUUUUUUUUUUUUUUUUAAAUAAUUUUUCUACUGUUAGAUUUGUUGGAUACAUUCCAUGUAUUUUUUGGAGUAAUACUUUUCAAUAAUUUUGGACAUGUUAAAGCCAA